AUGCUGCGCGCCGCUGGCCUGGCGUCCCUGCUGUCAGUAUGUUCGGCAUCGUCGAGCGACGCAGUGCUUUGGGGUGGAGCCACCGACAUUGCCACCUGUGUGCUGGCAUCCCCGUUCAUCCGCUCGAUGUGUGAUGGGACGCUUGAUGCUAGACACUUCGCGCAGUACAUGAUACAGGACAUGUCCUGCUACAUGCCUGGUGCUACAGAAGUGCUUCUGUCGCUCUACCAGCGUUCCCUCAAAGAGCACGGUCCCCGGAGCAACUGGACCAUGUUCUUCAAGGAGACCCACGAGAACUACCGGGUCUAUGGAGAAGCCGAAGCCGAAGGCUGGAAUCUGGAGAAGGUGGGUCCCAGCAAAGCAUGCACGGCCUAUGUCGAGUUCCUCCGGCAGACGGCGGAGUCGGAAUCCUUGGCACAGGCAGUGAUCGCCUUCGCACCCUGCAGCGUGCUUUGGGACUGGCUAGCCGUGAGGAUGAGGCGAUGCGCAGUUCUGGGUAAUGCCUACACCGACUGGAUAAAGGCCCUUCCUGCCACGAAGAAACAGGCGGAUUUCAAUGCCUGGGAUCCUCUGCUUCAGGAGGCGUUGCAGCGAGACAGAGCACAGUCGCUGCAGACUUUCCGCAAGGCGAUGAUUCAGCAGCUUGAGUUCUUCAACUCCGUUGUUCCGGGUUUCAAGCCUGCGACAUCUUUCCACUGCUCAGUGCCGCCAGAGCUUGCGAAAGGAG